AUGACGUCCCUCGCCUCGGCGCCCUCGCGCGCGGGCAUCGCCGCCCCGAGCUGGCGCGCGCGAGACGGCGCGCGCGCUCGGUUUAGGGUCGGAACGCGCGCGCGUCGCCCAGUCGCGGCGAAGGCCAAUUUCGACUUUCUCAUGGAGGGCGUCCUGGACCCCGCGGGCGUGGCGGAGCGACUGCGCGCGCAGGGCAUCCGCGGGGGGGACUUGGACGCUGACAUGAUGAGCACGCUCUCCAACGCGGGCGUCCCCUUGGACGAGCUCUUCGACCUCCUCAUCGACGGUGGAUCCUCUUCGAAGGAUUACUCUUCGUCGAAGGAUUAUUCUUCGUCGGAGAAUUCGACCGAGGACGACGACGACGAGAACGAGUUCUCCUGGAGCGCGAACGAGUUCUCCUGGGGGGACCCGGAGGAGUCUACGUCAUCAUCCAAGUCCUCGUCCUCGUCCUCGUCCUCGACCUCGUCCUCGUCCUCGUCCUCGUCCUCGACCUCGACCAGCUUCGAGGACUUUAAAGCGAAGUACGAGAGCUACGACUUCGACGACGACAUUCCCGUCCCGGUCGUGGACGUGGAGAAGACGUUUUCAUCCUUCGACGAGCCCGCGUCCUCGUUCGACGACCCCGCGGAGAGCGCCCGCGAGAACGAGGACGGCGUCCCGGACUGGGCCGCCGCGUUCGCGUCCGAGGUGGCGGCGUCGUUGCCGACGCACGGCGUGGACCCGGGGAAGUUAAACGACGACGCGAAGGACAUCUUACGCGGCGCCGGGGUGUUGCCGGAGUGGUAG